AUGGCUUGGGAGGAACCUCGAAAGACGGGUAUGCAGUACCGCCGUCUGGGCAACUCCGGAUUGCAUGUCUCUGCCCUGGGUCUUGGUGGCUGGCUCACCUUUGGUGGUCACGUUGAAAAUGAACUCACAUUUUCCUGCAUGAAGCAGGCGUACGACUGCGGGAUUACCUUCUUUGACACCGCCGAAAAUUAUACGGCCGGGAAAUCAGAGAUAGUGAUGGGCCAGGCAAUCAAGCGAUUCGGAUGGAAUCGUAGUGAUAUUGUCAUCAGCACCAAAUUGAACUGGGGUGCUGUCAACGGCGAAGUCCUCGUCAACAACCACGGUUUGUCAAGGAAGCACAUCAUCGAGGGGCUGCGUGCCUCGCUGAAGAGACUGGACCUUGAAUACGUGGAUAUUGUGUACGCGCAUCGACCAGACCGCUUGACACCAAUGGAGGAAACAGUGCGAGCCUUCAACCACGUGAUUGAGAUCAAGGGAUGGGCUUUGUACUGGGGAACGAGCGAGUGGUCAGCGGAUGAGAUUGCUGAGGCGUGCGGCAUUGCGAAGCAGCUCGGUCUCAUCCCACCAGUAGUUGAGCAACCGCAAUACAACCUGCUUGCUAGGAGGAAAGUCGAAGGAGAGUUCCAGCGGCUGUAUUCGCGUUUCGGCAUUGGUUUGACGACCUUCUCGCCGCUCAAAUUUGGUGUGUUGAGCGGAAAGUACAAUGAUAGUCCCGAGGGGCCUCCCGCUGGAUCUCGGUUUGCCGAAGGCAAGGACCGAUUUGUGAAUAGCAUGAGGGAUUCGUACGGAAAUGAUAGCUGGGUGGAGAUGAUUGAGAGCUCUAGGAAACUCAAGCCUGUUGCCGACAAAUUGGGUGUCACCCAGUCCCAACUCGCGUUGGCUUGGUGCCUAAAGAAUCCGAACGUUUCAUCCGUCAUCACUGGUGCUUCUAGGCCAGAGCAGGUGGUGGAGAACUGCAAGGCACUGGAAGUUCUGGACAAGCUCACGCCAGAGAUAUUAGCAGAGAUCGACGGAAUUGUGGGCAAGAUAGACUUAGAUCCGGCGAGACAGGAUUAG